AUGUCGCACUCAACCAUGACAGUACGUUUCUUUACUAAACCCAAACCCCUAGGGGAGACCCUUACCGAAAGCGCCAUGGCGAACACUCCCAAAUUACCAAACGGGUUUUUGAAAGCCGAGCCAACCACUGGAAGCGCACCGGCUGAUGGCCAUGGACACCGCGACGGCUCUAAACAACUCCAGAAAAUAAAGGACGGUAUCACCUUCGCAAACCAAGACUUACUUCCCAGGCUCCCCAUCCCCGAUAUUGAAAACACAUGCAAUCGAUAUCUGGAGAUUUUGGCCCCCCUACAAACCGUCAAGGAACAGGAGGAGACAAAGGCUGCUGUGAAUGAUUUUCUCAAAUAUGAGGGUCCAGAGUUACAGGAUAAACUAAAGAAUUAUGCGAACUCGAAAUCAAGUUAUAUUGAACAAUUUUGGUAUGAUUCUUAUUUGAAUUACGAUAACCCUGUUGUUCUUAAUCUCAAUCCCUUUUUCCUUCUGGAGGAUGAUCCUACUCCCUCGAGGAACAACCAGGUCACCCGGGCAGCCUCCUUGGUAGUGUCUGCAUUGUCGUUUGUUCGAGCUGUUCGAAGAGAGGAGCUGGCUCCAGAUACAGUUCGGGGGAAACCUCUCUGCAUGUUCCAAUACUCAAGAUUGUUUGGCACAGCUCGCGUCCCAACCAAUGAUGGUUGUAUCAUUGGUCAAGAUUCAUCCGCUAAGCAUAUGGUUGUUCUUUGUCGGGGACAGUUUUAUUGGUUUGACGUUCUGGAUGACAACAACGAUCUACUUAUGAGUGAAAGAGACAUAUCACUCAAUCUUCAGGUAAUUAUUGAAGAUGCAGAGCAGACGCCAAUUCAGGAAGCCGCUAAGGGUGCGCUUGGGGUGCUCAGCACCGAGAAUCGGAAAGUUUGGUCUGGUUUGAGAGAUAUUUUGACUAAAGAGGAGGGAUCUAACAAUGCUGAAUGCUUGAACAUCGUCGAUACGGCUCUAUUUGUUCUCUGCCUGGAUUCUACAGAGCCUUCAAACACAGCUGAUCUCUGUGCCAAUAUGCUUUGCGGCACAAACGAGGUGGUGCGGGGGGUACAAAUCGGAACCUGCACAAAUCGAUGGUAUGACAAGCUGCAAAUCAUCGUCUGCAAGAAUGGCAGCGCUGGCAUCAACUUUGAACACACCGGUGUCGAUGGCCACACGGUGCUCCGAUUUGCUAGUGAUGUCUACACCGAUACGAUUCUCCGUUUUGCCCGGACAAUCAACGGCCAGUCGCCAAGUCUCUGGGCAACUACCAGCCCACCCCCUUCCAAACGGAGCGCAGAAAGCUUCUCUUCACAUGCCAGCACAACCCCGCACAAACUAGAAUGGGACAUGGGCCCCGAACUCAGCACCUCCCUCCGCUUUGCCGAAUCCCACCUGGCCGACUUACUCCACCAGCACGAAUUCCAAGUCCUCGAUUUCAAGGGUUACGGUAAAAACUUCAUAACGUCCAUGGGGUUGUCUCCCGAUGCCUUUGUCCAAAUGGCCUUCCAGGCAGCCUACUUCGGCCUCUACGGCCGUGUCGAAAACACCUACGAACCCGCCAUGACCAAAUUCUUCCUACACGGGCGCACCGAAGCCGUGCGAACCGUCUCGAACGAAUCCGUCGAGUUUGUCCAGACGUUCUGGGGCGACCGGCCCGCAGCUGAGAAAGUCGCUGCACUCCGCAAAGCUACGGAGAAACACACGGCCAUGACGCGCAUCUGCUCGCAAGGCCAUGGACAAGAUCGACACCUGUAUGCCCUUUAUUGCCUCUGGCAGCGCUCCAUGGAGGACGGGCGGGGGAUGAUCAAUAGCGACAUCCCAGCCAUGAACGGGUAUUCCGCCAGCCACGUCGACACGGGAUCGACAGUCGAGACAACUCCGGCCGCAGACCCGGUCGGCAUCCCCACUCCGGCCCCCGCCCCGAGGCCGGUGACAUCAGGGCUCUCCAACUCCACCCCCUCCGACGACGGCGUGCUAUCAUCCAGCUACGCCAGCUCGGGAAGCCUACGCAUAAACCACCCGCCGCGAGUGCCCGCCAUCUUCAGCGACAGCGGCUGGGAGAAGAUCAACACUACCAUCCUCUCGACGUCGAACUGCGGGAAUCCGAGCCUGCGGCAUUUCGGCUUCGGGCCGACGAGCGGCGACGGGUUCGGGAUUGGGUAUAUCAUCAAGGACGAUUCGAUUAGUAUCUGUGCGUCGUCGAAACAUAGGCAAACUACGAGGUUUAUACAGAGCCUUGAGGCGUAUUUGUAUGAGAUUCGGAAGUUGUUGAGGGCUACGCAGCCGAAGGGGGUUGUGCCGGCUAGCGCGAGGGAGAGGGAGGUUAUUGCUGCUGGUGGUGGGAUGGGGGAGAAAGUGAUCAAGGGAAAGGGGAGGGCGGUGCGGGCUGAUCCACACAUGGUGGGGAGGGAGUCGGAGACAGUGAUGGUGGAUGGCGAGGAGGUAGGGGAUGAUGGGAUGGGUGGAUAUGGAUUUUUCGACGCGGGGAUCUUGUUGAAUGCGCUGAAAGCGUCGCCGGGGGAUCUUCGGGAUAUGCCUCCUAAGCGGAGGCUGAUAGGAAAGCAGUUGCAGUUGAAUGAGUAUUGA